AGAACAUUCAUGCCAAUACUUAUUAUUUAAUACUCGGAAGCUAUGACUCUCAGAAAUACUGGAAGAGACACCCUCUGACAGGCUUCCGAAGGCGUUGAUCUAGGCCCCAUGGGGUUUGCAUACGUAAUCAGCCUGGUUCUUGCUGUGGCCUGUGCUGUGAUCGUUGGCCUCGUCUAUAAUGUCCCGGAGUUUUCAGACUUCCGAGGUGCAUUGUACCUAGGAGGGAAAGAGCAGGCUGACUUCAAGCCACUGGGCCAUGGCCUCUACAAGAUCGAGAUCUUCUGGCACAUGACACCCUUCCACAACGAGAACCUGGACUUGUAUCUGAUCAACGAGGACAAAUCCUGGUAUCUAUCGGACGCUGGCGGAUUUGAUUCCUGGCUGGAUCCGCACGCCAGCAGGAUCGUGAAGGCAGUCCAAGCAGUCAUUCCGCCUGGGCAGAAACUCACCUAUGUCAUUUUGACACAUGGGCACCUGGAUCAUGUGGGCGCGAUAGAGCCACUCAUCAAGGCAUACCCAGACCUCAAAGUGAUUUUCCACGAGACAGAGGCCCCCUUCCUCCUGGGCACUGCCCAGCCGAGCUGCUAUAACUACAAGCCAAACGGCCUCAGCGCAGGCUUUAAGCUGCUCAUGCUGCUGAAGCUGCUGCCGCCUUAUGUGCAGUACAAGAUGCCAGCAAACAGGAGUCUCAUUCUGGAGGGGCCGGAGGGGGACUUGUCAAAAUACGGCGUGCAUGAUCUCAGCUUCACACAUGCGCCAGGGCACUGCAGAGGCCACGUGGUGUAUCACCACAAGCCCUCAAACUACAUGCUGGCUGGAGACUUCACAGAUGUUCUGCAGAAGGAGGAUGGCGGCUAUGCUCUCAAGACAAUGUGUGCCACAACUUGCAACAUCACCGAGGCGAAGGAGACUGUGUGCAGGGUGGUCCAUGGCAUGGAUUACAAGCUGCUGCUGCCCUACCACGACGCCAGGAAGUCUGGCUGGACAAAGGAGGAGCUCAUACCACUGGCAAAGGAGUACGCCGGUUGUUCAUGACCACCUGACCAGAGAUUUCAAAGCGCCUUGUUAGUUCGGCCUGGCUUUCAUACAUGCGUUCUUACGACGGAAAGAGGAAUGCAGACAGCUUUUCCAAUGCAAAACAGUGAGGCUCACAUAGUGAGGUGUCCCCGCCAUGUGCCUGCUGAUGUCAGCAAACUGAUGACAGCAGCUUGCAGGCUAAACCAUUCUAACGCGUGCCACAGUGUGCGCUUGCAGCUUGUGCUGUUUAUUUUGCGGAGGGGUCAAGUGAUAGUGCCUCUUUACUGUUGGGCACAUCCACGGGUUAACAGCACUGCAAAUGGCUGGCUUGCACAAAUGGAUGCCCUCAAAUGAGUCCCAGUUAUUAACAAACCUUUUCUGUACAGCCUGAUGAUUCAUAUUUGAUCUCGAUUCUGACACUCAUUAUCAUUGACAAUGACUCCUCGCUGUGUUUGUUAAUGAAGUGCAGCUCACAGCUGUUUGACAUUCUUUACAAAAUAGAGUGUAAUCAAAAUCUUAUUUGAGU